UAUAGCUCGUCUGUAACUUGUGUAUCUCAUCUGUGAUAAUUUUUCAAUCAAAAAGACUGUUCAAGAACUUGAAAGAUAAAGUUGGUUAGCCCUCUGGUGACGACUACGGUAGUUGUUAUCAUAGAAUCGUAAAAAAUCGGAAGAAGGGUUAGGUUAACGUCGCUAACCUCAAAUUGGUGUGUUUAUCAUCAUAAAUAAGUGAGAAUCUGAGAAUCCUAGUGUACUUGCAUAUCGUAAAACGUAGACAGUUUCCGCUGAAAGAAAGUCGACGACAUGGUAAAGAUAGCGUUGAAAAUAAAAGCUACCCUACAAAGCAUAGAUGAGGUGAAACCUUCGGGACAAGACUUUAGAUGGUACCUAAAGUUUACUUGCAGCAGUUGUGGUGAAAAAUCCGAAAAAUGGAAUUACGCGUCUUUGAGCGAAUCUACUCCUCUUCAAAAACGAAACGCAGUUACUCAUUUCACGAGCAAAUGUAAACUUUGUUCUCGCGAAAACUCCAUGUCCAUUUUGGAAGAUACUGUAAAGUCGUACAAGAUCGAAAAGGAAGGCGAGUUUCAAACGAUAGUGGUAUUCGAUUGCCGAGGUUUCGAACCCAAUGAUUUUUCACCAAGAGAUGGAUGGAUUGCUAAAACUGAGAAUCACGGAACGACAUUUACAGAUGUAGAUUUAUCCGAAGGCGAAUGGUCAAAUUACUGUGUAAAGACUAAGCAAGUCGUAGGAAUUUAUGAAGUCGAGCAUAAGUUUGAAAGAGUUAAGUAAAAGAAGUUUGUUAUUGAAUCUCAGACAUGCAUUACUUCUAAGAUUGUUAUGGUUUAUCGCUGUCCUGUAAGAUAACGAUUAGGUUUAUAGUUACCAUAAGAUGCUCUAUUACAAAUAUGGA